AUGUUCGACGUCUGUCCAUCCACUGAGGAAGUCGAACUUACUUGGCGGCUGGGCGAUUCAACAGCAAACGAGACUCUGGUGAGUUCAAAUUUCACUUUUUCCAAAUGCGUACCUCAUCUUUGGUAAAUGUUAACUUCGUGUACGCACUUUGAAAGGGAUUGGCAGUUUUGGAGACGAACUCGGUGGCAUCUUUUUAACAUGGCCUUCAUAGUCUUGCCAUGAACAUGAGAACCGAGCGGUCCCAAUUGUAGCCUAACAAAGCUAGAUUAGAAACCAGGUUGUGUGUGGCACUCGUAGACGGGUAACAUAGCCUUGUUAGUUAUUGCGCUAAGGUGGUCUUGAUUUUGCUUUGUCAUCAGAGUCGGGAGCGAUAGUGUGUGACGGAGGCUGCGCAAGUAAACGGGGCUGCGCUCACUCCGCGGAGCACAGGAAAGAUGAUUUUGUUCGCAAUGACCAAACUCAUGCCAUUGUCACAAAAGUGACAUCCAGGACUCGCAAUGUAAAUAAAUACAGGAAUGCAGUCACGAGGCGUUUUCGUGGGAGGCAAAAUCUCUGGGGAAUUUAUGUCUGGUAGCCCUCUGGCUUCGGCAAAACUUAUCUGGUAUCAUCCGCAGAAAUCAACUUGGAAAUUAGUACAAAUUCUGUUACGAUAUUUAGCGCCAUCAGGAUUCAUCUGGUUAAUCAAUAAUUUACUUUGACGCUGUCGACCAACCCUGGCUUAAUGUUUAGUGAAUAAUGUGGUGCGAUUAAUGGCGAAUGAGUCAGUUUUUAAUAACAUUCUGCAGAAUGCCGUGAAGCAAAUGUUCAGCCUGCCGGCUGAUGAAAAAACGCCAGUAUAACUUUAUUGCAAAGCACGUUUGCAUAAAAAGAAGACUUGCCUCGUCUGAAUAGUAUAGGUGAUCACAUUUGUAAUUGGUGAGUGUCAAGAGUAAGCACUAAAAUCGUUUAUGAAAGUUCGCAGAUUUUAUUACGAUCCGUGGUUAACAUUAUUUUCGGUAUGGACGUAGUAAUAAGUGAUGUUCGUAUUAUAGGUGUUGUGCGCCAACUACGACCUUAGCUACAACAAUCUGGAGUGUGCCGCAAGGCCCACUGAAGUAGGGAUGUGAUGCCUAUUUCCGUUUCCUGCCAUUUUUUUAUUAUUCAGUCAUUUGCCAAUCUUGACGCUUGUCCUGCCUGAAGGAAAUGAUCAACCUACUGAUUGCCUAAUUGAAAAGAAAACUUUCUUUGAUUAUCCAAGCCAGUGUGACUUUAUUUGCAAACACGCCUAUAUGAGAAAGAAGACUUACCUCGUCAAAAUAUUAUGGAAGUCGCAUUUAUGUUUGAUAAAGGCCAAUAUUAAGCGUUGAAAUCGUUUAUAAGAGCUCACAGAUUUAAGCCUUAUUAGUUCUUAUCGGUAAUAUGUACAAGCCGUAUUACAGGUUUUUGUUCGUUACUUAUAACUAUUGCUGUAACUCUCGUGACCCUAAUUCUAAUCCUCUUGAAUGUGGCACAAGGGCCCCGUAGUACGGUGGGGAUGCCUAUUUUCGUUUUCAACCUAGGAGAGCAAUUACCGAUAAUACUCAGGUAAAUAACUGUCAGAGAAUUGCACGAAAGGGGGAGCAUAUCCAGUGUGGUUGUAGAUCAAUAUAAAAAAGCCUCGUUACACGCAAAUGAAAGGUUAUAUUAUAGUGCCUAUUAAAAAAUACAAAUUUUUAUUUUCGGACAUAAAAAGAGGUAAAAAGCAGUUUCAUUCUACCAUACGAACGCGUUAGGGAACGUUGUUUGACAAGUCAAACUUCUUGGACCUCAAACAGAAAACUUAUAAAACACAAUUUGUACAGAGACACGCCAUUUUGUAGAUUGCGUUUUAGGACAGGCCACUUGCCUAAGCCAAACUGGGUAAAAAUUAUUACUUAUAUGCUAUUUCAUUUUCGUUUUGAUUUUCGACGCCACUACAAUUUCAAUAUAGUAUAAAGAAAAGAUGCAAACAUUUAUUUAAUACUCAAAUUGGGGAAAAUUACGUGAAUCUUUAAGAAUUCAUACUUAUGGAAAGGACGAAAUUCAGUUUUAAAAGCUUUUCUUAUUUCCCGAACUAUGCUAAACCAUGUACAUAUGUGCAUUUAAGCCAAAGGUUUCAAAACGUAAUGUUGCUUAUUUUCCGUGUGAAAGAAUCGUAUAAUUCUCUAUGUGAUUAAAAGGAUAAUAUGUUAGAUGGUAGUUGGUAGCCCUCUCGUUACCGAAAACUCCCAGCUACCUGACUUACGGGACCGGUGGUAAUAGGGGCUAAACGGGUGGGGCAAAUGAGUGGAGGCGUAAAUGGCGCUCGUAGGGAAUGCCUGGAAUUGACGAUCCUGAUAAAUUGGAAACCUAAUUUAAAUAAGGUGAAAAAUGCGAGGAAGGUGAACACUUCGGGUCUGACUGACGUAUGAGACGCCUUGCUGUUGUAGUCUGAACCCAAGAGGUAGUAAGUGCGCAAUGUGGUAGGUGAAGUGCGCCCAGUUCAAACCCAGCAAUGUCGAAGCGCCUGGGAGGGGGGUGCCGUAGUGCCUUAAACUGGAAGUGCAGGAAAGGAUCGCUAACUGGCCAUGGCGAUGUUAACAAGGCGUCACAGUUUUCAGCCAAACCCCUGCGACCAAAUACAACCGGGUUGUUCGUAAAGGCGGGGGGUGGAGGGCAACACUCCGUCAAUACGACUGACACAAUGGAUGGAGUAUCGGUAGACACCCUAACUGAGCGUCGGUUGUCCAUUCGUACACGAUUUCACCGGACUCUACUGGAGGUCUGGAGUAAAAAGACCGAAGGAUGCAGGCAAACCGACGAAACGGAGACCCGCACCAAUCCGCCUUUGAUAGUACCUAUGCAAUUAAUCUGAUGCAGGUAAUACUGUGCGCACAUGCAACUAGAAGCAUAAUGGGAAGCAUGAUGAAUCCUAAUCCGUUUAGGAUAAAUCUUUCGCCUUUUACUAAAGAUUGCCGUGUGGGGGUGCAAUACAAUAAGUCUAUAAAGACAGUCUUGCAGCGCCUCGUUCUCGGGGCGGUUAAAUUGCAGAAGAAAGUCAUCCUGACAGGACCUCUGUGCGUGCACCCCCCCCCCCCCAGACAUAAUGAGAAAGUUAGCACACAUACCGAAAUCGAGCCUGUAGGUACAAUAGUAGAAUCAGAGGACAAGCCAACCAACUACCAUCCUGCCGGAUAAUAUGUGGGAACAUACAUAUUUGUAACUGUUGCGGAUGAUCAUGCAUAUUUUAUAAGAAACAUUAUUGAAACAGAGUUAGGAUGCCGAAACAAACGAUGAUGCGAGAUCCAGGAACUAGUUAAACAGAACAAGAAGCGAUCCUUGGAACAAAGGCUUAUUUGCCUAACGUUUUGGUUUCCCAUUAUCAAAGACAGUGGCAGAAAAUGGUGAUUCGUGCACAAGAGGUUGCAGUAUUUAUAGGACGCAGUCGUUAUGCUACCUCAUACCUAUAGUAAUUAACUGCUCUUCCCUUAAUCAAGAAUUAUUGCCCACCUUGGUGCUAAUUGCAUGGUGGUCGGCAUACAAGACGUUAAUUGUUAAAAUCUCUUCACCCCUGUUGGAUGCUGGCGUGAUGUCUACUCGGCCGCCUGGCUCACCGGCUUGCGAGCUUCGCGAGUGGCCAAUUAAUUUGGCCAGACUGUACCUCAGCACGGAAUAUGGAGAGGGCAUGUUGUUAUACUUAUGGAUAGACUGAGGUCCCAGGAAUCAUGACUCAAACAACUCGCGCCUCACGCGAUUAUUCCCUCUCGCGAGAAUUUUGGCCUCACCGAACUUGAAUGUGUGGCCGGGUCUCGUCGAAUGGGCUGCGACCUGACAGCUGUCGUCAUUUCUCCACUCCGCGGCCGCGUUUUCGGCAAUUCGCGUUAGCAGCAGUCUUCCAGUUUCUCCGACGUAGCUGCUUUGUUCGCAACUGCAUCAGAUCCGGUAAAGGAUACCAGAUGUUGCAUGCCGUGUCAGUGUGUCUUCUGGUCUCAUCACCGGAAGCCUUAUGGUGGCCUCCGGUCUGUGUUCAACUCCAACCCCAAGUGGUGUGAGAAGGUGACUAACGUCCUCCGAGACGCUCUUGAUGUAUGGGAUUGCUCGUCAAAAUUCGGAGUCGGUACGGUUUUUGUCGCUCGUCUCGUUUGCUCAUGCACCGGUUGACGAAGGUGCGUGGGUAACCAUUUUCUCUGAAAACUCGUCGACGAUAUUUGGAUUCGGCAACCUUGUCUUGCGGUUCACUGCAUUGCGUCUCAACACGCCGAUAUACAGUGCGUGACCUAUCUCAUGAAAUGUUGGCUGAAAUUCUGAAAUGCGUUUACGAUUAGGAAUCAUUACUUGGUCGCCGUUGUGAUACUGAUUAUCUCAAGGCAUACUCUUAUAACAUUUUAGACUCGCCAGUAUAUCGGCUUUUGAAUGCACUUCUUUUCAAUCUCCUGUAGAUAGAGUGCUCGGUAAAAAAAAUGAUUACUCAUGUAGCAUGCAUUUUUCCUAUUGAUUUUUGAUGGUUUUGAAAAUUUGAAUAUAUCUUAUGGAAACCUUAAACAAAAAUGGGCUUUCUUUUAGUCAUUCAAUAGAGAAUCACGUCUUCUUUAUAUUUUAUAAUUAAGGAAGGAGUAUAAUUAGUUUUUAAAAAAAUAUUUCUAAUUGCCGAAACAUUUGGAGCCUGAUCAUUCGUUGCAUUAGCGCUUAGUGAUUACACUCUACAAGGUGCAUGCGUUCCGCGUAAAGAAAAUCCCAUAUUGUUCUAUGUCAUUAAAGAGAUAUCAUACAGAGUCCAUAAAAUUUUGCAAUGGAUGCGGACCAACAUUUUAUGAGGAGCGGUGGUAAACGGCCAGGUACGAUGCUAUGUGAAUGGACAUAUCGCAGUCUUAAAAAGUCUCAUAGUUAGAAACUUUUGUAAAACCUAAUUAUACUCGUUCAUCAAGUAUAAAAUAUAAAGAAGACGUGAUUUUCUAUUGACUGACUAAAAGAAAGCACAUUUUUGUUUGUGGUUUCUAUAAGAUAUAUUCAAAUUUUCAAAACCUUCGAAAAUCUAUGGGGAAAAUGCAUGCUACAUGAGUAGUCAUUUUUUUACCGAGCAGUCUUUCUACAAAAGAUUGAAAAGAAGUGCAUUUUAAAGCCGACAUCCUGCCGAGCCUAAAAUGUUAUAAGAGUAUGCCUUAAGGUAAUCAGUACCACAACGGCGACCAAGUAAUCCUUCCUAAUCGAAAACGCAUUUUAGAAUUUCAGCCAACAUUUCAUGAGAUAGGUCACUCACUGUAGCAUUCUUACGCAACUGCGUUUGGGGCUGAUUGGGUGAUUGCUGUUGAAGUUCAAGAAAAUCUGCGUUAAACCUUUGCAGACCACACUCUAUCACUACACAUUUCCAAACUAGCAUAUGGACAACAGGUAAGCCCACUUCUGUGUGCGAAAUGUGCGUUGUGUGGUGCCAGUCUCAUGUGGCACGCGCAGUGAGCCGUAUUUCUCCCCGCCCCAAAUGCUUCCUCGGCUCGGAUAACUAAACUAAUGCCUUAGGACGUAAAGAGAGAGUUGAGUCGACUCUGGGGAGUGCAUCCCGCUCAAUGCACCUCAUUCCCCACUAUAAUGAAUAGUACGUGAUUGAAUUCGUCACAACGAACCAAAAAUCAUGUCGAAACAAGCCAAGAUGCAAGUUACAAGAACUAAUUAAUCAGAAAAAGACGAAGAAGAAGAAGACGAAGAAGAAGAAGAAGAAGAAGAAGAAGAAGAAGAACAAGAAGAACAAGAACAAGAAGAAGAGAUCGCUGGGACAAGGGCUUUAUUCGCCUGACAUUUCGGAUUCUCACUUGGACCUAUGAUCAGAGACAGUGGCAGAAAAGGGUGACUCGUGUACAGGAAGAUGCGGUAUUUAUAGGAUGCAGUCGGUGCAUGCUUAAACGAGACUAGCGACAAAUACCGUACCGACUCCGAAUUUUGACGAGCAAUCCCAUACAUCAAGAGCGUCUCGGAGGACGUUAGUCACCUUCUCACACCACUUGGGGUUGGAGUUGAACACAGACCGGAGGCCACCAUAAGGCUUCCGGUGAUGAGACCAGAAGACACACUGCCACGGCAUGCAACAUCUGGCAUCCUUUACCGGAUCUGAUGCAGUUGCGAACAAAGCUGCUACGUCGGAGAAACUGGAAGACUGCUCCAAACGCGAAUUGCCGAAAACGCGGUCGCGGAGUGGCGAAAUGACGCCAGCUAUCAGGUCGCAGCCCAUUCGACGAGACCCGUUCACACAUUCAAGUUCGGUGAGGCCAAAAUUCUCGCGAGAGGGAAUAAUCGCGUGAGGCGCGAGUUGCUUGAGUCAUGAUUCAUGGGAUCUCAAUCUAUCAACAAGUAUAACAACAUGCCCUCUCCACAUUCCGUGCUGAGGCACAGUCUGGCCAAAUUAAUUGGCCACUCGCGGAGCUUGCCGGCCGGUACGCCAGGCGGCCGAGUAGUCAUCACGCCAGCAUCCAACAGGGGUGAUGAGAUUUCAGCAAUUAACAUCUUGUAUGCCGACCACCAUGCAAUUAGCACCAAGGUGGGCAAUAGUUCUUGAUUAAGGGGAGAGCAGUUAAUGACUAUAGGUAUGAGGUAGCAUAACGACUGCGUCCUAUAAAUACUGCAACCUCUUGUGCACGAAUCACCAUUUUCUGCCACUGUCUUUGAUAAUGGGAAACCGAAACGUCAGGCGAAUAAAGCCCUUGUUUUGACGAUCGCUUCUUCUUAUUACUUAAGAUGCUUUAUAAUCGAACAUUUUACUGCAUUAAAAACCGCAUAGAUAAAAUCAAUUUUUAAGCCAAAAUUACCUUUUCUUGAGUAAAACAAUUGACGAAGACAUAACAUUUUGCUAAAUGACUAAGUAAAGAUAUAUUUUAUAAGUUUUUUUAUAACUUAUCUUUACAAUAUGUGGUUACCAAAGAAUAACAAUCAGAUUUUAUAAGGGUUAAUUAACUAGGCAGAAUGGUAUUACCGACAAAGACAAGGGAGACUGGAAUGGCCAUUUCUGGCUUAUUAGCCGUCGUCAGCCAGCCAUACCCAAGCCUGAAGUGUGGUACACCCGAGCCUCGAACUCGCGACCUGUUGGUUUAGAAGUCAACGCCUCUACUCACCGGGCCACGAGCCCGUUGCCUUGUCUUUUAAUUAACUCUUUUUACCGUGUAUAGAUUAUGCAGACGGCCAUAAAAUAGCUCAAUCAAGGUUUGCAUCCCUAAGCGUCUGCAAUAUUCCGGGGUUACACAACCUGGCAAAAAGUAUAGGAAAUAUUUGAAGACCACUUUUAAAAUAUAUGUCGACAUUUGAUGAGACAACCUAAGGUAAAUAGUCCCCAUUUAAUGAGGAAGGUAAAGCUAAAGGCCGCGCUGAACUUACUAACUUCCUAAAAACCGACCUUGAAUUCCUAGCUAGAUAGGUUUAGACCAAGUUCAGAGCCAAAAGUUGUAAGAUGAAGUGAAUUAACGUAACCUCUAAUACCUAUAUUUGAGCCCACAAUGGAGAAGGCUUUGUUUCUAAAAAAAACAUAUCUUUGAAUGUUUUUCUAUUUUGCAGGGUGUAAGUAUUGCUAUUACUGUGUGUUCACCGAAACAAACUCCCUCGGGCGCUUAAAUUUUUGCAGAGGGAAAAACUGAUUUUAAUAAAUGGGUAUUAUAAAUUUCGAUCUGAAAGCUCCCAGAUGGGCAGGUCUGCAGAUAACAAUCCCAAUCUCUCGAAAACAUUUGAAUCAUUGAAUAUUUUGAGAUCCCAUAACCUUUCAUUCAAGUGCAAGCCUGUGUCUUUGCAAAUAACAGCAGGCCAGUUAGAAAUUUAUGGGUUCUUUGAAAAAUGCUUUGUAACCUGCGAACGGAGAUUUGUUCAUUUGGAAAUUACUAGGCUCUCAUGUGGAAGUCAUUUGGAUCCUCCAUAAUGAUUUCAACCCUAGUCUUGUGAGUUUCUAAGUGGACUCCACUGCACAUGAGGCCUGAAAUGGAGCAUUUAAUCAAACUUAAUUCGUAUGCCCCGACAACAUCAUGUGAAAAUCAUUUUCCGUCAGAAUUUUCAUUCAAAAAGUUCCCUGAUAAACUUUUAACGGCAUUCCAAAUUCUGAAAUUUGCUUUUAAAAUAUUAGGUUGAAUGCUGGCAUAACCAAAUGAAAGUUUGUUCUACUCCUCAACCCUCUCCGGACGAACGACCCUGUGGCAAGUUUUAUUAUCUCUACUUUUUAAUGGCAGGCUCUCUCUCUCCUAAGCUAUGUUAGUGGCCUCCGGGAGAAGGACCAUCCCGGCAUCCCCCUUUGCAUUUUAAGACGAGCGCUGUUAUAAGAAAUCUAAAACGAUGAUUUAUUUGACACUUCUGCAGAUGUCACAGAAUUCAGUAACUACACCGAGGUGAAGCUGGUUGCCAAGCGAGCUGUUAGCAGGAUGGAUAACUACUACUGCACAAUCGAUGGAGCACAGGCAUCUUCAAAAGCCGUCUAUUGGCAGGGUUAG